AUGGGAGGGAGGAUAUCAUCACCAGGUUCUUCAGGACACUUAGGCACAUCUGUAUUUGACUACAUAGAGAAGCACAGCGGUCGACACUCCAGCUUUUACAAUUUCCUUUAUGUUGGAGACAGAAUUAGUGAUUCUGCAGUAUUGAGGCCAGUGAAGGAGUUGAGUGCACUUCAGCUGUGGAGUUACUUGAUUGGGGAGGAACUACGCCAUGGCCCUUCUUAUGAUCCUGAGGUACGCAGCCUAGACCGACAGCAAGAGGAGGAGGGCAGAAGCGCAGAUGGCACAACCACCACUUCCCAACGCAGGAUUGUUAUUAGUGGGUGGUCAAGCGACAUCGCAAGGACUGGCCAAUCACAGGCGUUCAUCUCCGCGAAAGAGAAUGAAGAUGAGUCCCAGUAUAAUUGA